AGAACAAGGACCAUGACGACCUCGCGGCGGAGGCGGUGGCGACAGCAUCCUCUUGUUCUGUCCAAAGUUCUGGCUCUUGUUAUUAUUUAACCACUGCGCGGAGUGUCGCGGAUUUCCCCAAACCAGCUGCGCUGAGUGUGAGCGCUGCAAAGUUUACCACCAUACACGGGGACAUAUGGCUCCCGCCGUAAACGGAGAUACAUCCGGAGGUCAAACGCUCGGAAAAGUCAACGUGAACGAUCGGGCUUUAGUGGAUAAGGUACUGGCAAGAUACCCAAGAGAGUUUACAGUAUUUCGAGAACUGAUACAGAACGCCGACGAUGCUCAAGCUGAAGAAGUGCAGAUCGAGUUUCAAACUGAGCAGUACAUCACGGCUGUUGGGGGAACGGGUCAUGUCGAUCACUUGAAUACGAUCCAGGUGGGGUCCCAGAUGCAGGAGAGUAGUCUAAGCGGUGUCAAGUUGGCCAGGUGGGUGCUGAGAAAUGACGGAGAUCCUUUUACCGUCAAAGACUGGGAGCGCAUUACAAAUAUCGCGGAUGGUAACCCCGAUGAGCGCAAGAUUGGCGCCUUCGGUGUGGGAUUCUUCAGUGUUUUUAGCGUCACCGAUAGUCCUGUCAUAAUCUCAGGUGGCAUUCGAAAGAGAAUGUUCUAUGAGAAUAACGAGCUUCUCGUGGAGUCCAGAUCAUAUGCUAACAGGGACUCCAGGGACUGGACCACUUUCGAGAUGGAUCUUAAAUCAGAGGCAGACUUAACCAUGCCAAAGCCAUUUGACUUAUCGCGCUUUAUCAGCACAGCAAUGACGUUUCUGGUGAAAGUAAAGAAUGUCACCGUGCUGUUUAAUGGUUCUUCUCGAACAGAAGCCACGAAAAUAGAAAUACCACAAGGUUUAAAGACCACGAGCCCAUCUAAUGCGUUCGAGGUCACGUUCGUGAAGGCUUUUGAUCAACAGGUGACAGUAAACAUUAACGGCCAGGCUUACGGCGCGGGAUCAAACACCCGUUCUUCGCGCAAGAAAGGAAAACCACACGUCGAUCCAGUGUUGAAGUCAGGUUUUUUCCUUGGGAAGAGGAGUUCAGAAUCGAAUGGCCACCACAUUCUCCCAGAGACUUCUGCAAAGGAUUUCUCCCUUAGCUACAAGGUGUAUUCCGCAGAAGUCUGCACUGGGCUCUCUCAUAGAAUGGCAAGAGGAAUUGAAAAGGCAACAAAGAAGAAACCUCCCAAGACCUUCUUGUUUGAAGCUGUGCACUUCACAUUGAGUGAAUACGAGAGCGUGCAGCGUGAGCAUGAUCACAUGCGUGGUCUCAACAGUGUUUUCAUGGGGCCACAGGGACUUCUCAGCGAACGCGAUGGUCUGAUAGCCUGUAAGGGUCAAACGACGACCGAAACUACCGGAAUCGCAGUGCAUCUCUCCAGCCGGUUUAUCCCCACUGUAGAGCGAGGGUCGAUUGAUUUAGCGAAUGGCCAAGUACGAGAAUGGAAUGAAGAAUUGUUGUACAUUGGCGGCUUCAUGGCUCGCCUGAUCUAUGAGCGAGGUAUGAGUGUUAUCCGGCACGAAUGGUCGUCCCGGCCAGAUCAAGCACGAAAGGAGGGACUAUUCCUCAUGAAGUCAUUCGCGUUCCGGUCAUCUUCGGAUUCCAAUGUGGCAGGCCUUCUUCAGAAGGCUUUUUUCGACUGCACGCCGAACUUGCCGUUCCCUAUCGUUUCCAACCUUGGUAUCCGAGACUCAAAAGACGUCCGAAAACCAGAUGAAACGUUCGCUACGUUCAUGAAGCAACGGCCCGUCCUUGACCUGGUUCCAGAAACCGAAAGUAUGAUUGUAACACUUCCCAAGUGGUACAAAGUUAGCGACUACACGUUCCGUGACAUCGUGGAUGAGCUAAACCAGCGGGUAUUCACGGAGGAAGACAUGGUUGCCUUCAUCACGUGGUGGGUUAAAAUUUGCCUUGCUAGGUGGGGAGAUGAUAUCGCGGACGGCGGGGAGGAGGUCAAAAAGCAAUUUAACCAGGCCUCUAAGAGCGAUGUCACUCUGCUAAAUGAUAUCCGGAAAUUCGUGGACGGUAAAGGAUGGGGUUCAUAUAUACGUGUUGAGGACCCUCUCCCUCCUGACACCAUACCCAUCUCCUUUACUAGCCGACUGAACGCCCUGGCAGUACGAACUGUCCUUGGAUGGGAAGAGCUGACCAUUGUCGAUUGGAUUCAGCACGUUGUUGGCCCCAGGCUGAAUCCUGAUUAUAAACGGGUGCUAGAAAUAUUGCAGUCACUGUGGCCAUCCUUGAAACUUCCUGAAAAAGAGAAAAUUAUCUCCCUAUUGCAGAACGUGGAUUGUAUUCUUACCUCAGAUGGUUUGAUAAAGCCCAGCGAAGCUUAUUUUCCGGAGGCAGACCUGUUUAAUGACCUUCCUGUCAUUCGCCCCACAGACUUCAACGAACAAAUGCUGCAAGAGUUUGGUGUUAAAAUGUUUAUUCCUUGGAGCGGUAUCAAGGGGCGCUUGCCGCACCCGCGGUGUACUCCAUAUCAACUCGCUGUAUAUUUUGACAGAGUUCAUGAUGUCAUGACGACCGAGGAUCGCAUGGAGCUACAGCAGAUGGCCAUCUUCACUGGUGCAGAUGGUGGAUUCCACUACCUCGAGCCCUAUCCCCCUUUGGAUGUGAUAAUUAGAAAGGCGUCAAGCGAGGAGAAUACCAUGAGGAAAUAUGCGUUCGCCUUCCUUCUUGACAACAUGAAUUCGGUAUAUUCCAACUACGACCCAGCGGACUUCCAAGGCAUAGCUUUCAUUCCCUGCGGAAAAUGGAACCAUUUACAGCUCGGUACGCCGGAGCAGGUGUUCAUAUCCUCGGAAUGGGAACUACUUGGAUUCAAAAGGCUGCAUCCAAGCGUUAACAAAGACCAAACCGCGUGCUUGAAGAUUAAAGAUCGACCACCGGCUUCUGCCAUUGUUAAGGUCCUGCGAGAAAAACCACCAAAGGAUAACAAGGAAGCCCAGAGUUGGUUUGAUUUGCUUGCUCGCAAAGGCGGUUUCACAGCUGAUGAAUUGAAAGAUAUAGCGGAAUUGAGUAUCGUACCCAGCCACACUGGAAGUGAUGCUGGUUCACUUAAAUGGGUCCAACCACGAAAAUGCUUUUUAGAAAAGCCGGACGACUCGAAUGAGCAUUAUCGUCAACUGUUCAACUUCGUCAUGUUCAACCCCACAGCAAGCUCUUUCUUGAGGCUGUGUGGCGCGAAACCGAAACCGGACUACAGUGACAUCUCGGAGGCACUUCUUCAGGACCCGCAGGGAUAUCUUGCAAAAGCCAAGCCUCAAAAGUAUCUCGACGAUCUCCGUCAGGUUGCGAGACCAGAACUGAAGAUGAGGAACGCGGAAAUAUUCCUUGGGUAUCGAAGGAAGCGUGGCCCGGAUACCUCUCGGUCUGCCGAAUCAAUACAAUAUGCCCUCAGACGAGCACGCGAAAUACUUAUCGCUGAUGACAUGGAGAGUUACAGAUUGUUCGGAGAAUAUGUAUUGGUUGCACCAAAGGAGGAAGUGUUUGACAAUUUCUACAGGGCUAUGGGUUCCGCGAACUUGAGUGUCCACGUAUCUCACACCAUUGAGACAGAGGGCAAAGGCGGGGAGGACAAGGAUCUCCGAAGUCACGUCCUAUGUAGAGUGAAGAUCUUCCUGUGGCAAAAUCCCGAACAUUUCAGUGUGAAACACUGCGAGCGCUUGCGAAUUACGAAACGCCUCGACUUUGAAAACGCGUUGGAGGGAGCUUGUAGUACACUAACCACGACGACUAGGGGGGGAAACCACAUACUCUGGGUGGCAAAUAAUAGAUCAGGAUCUAGGCGAGCGUGGUACGACAUGUCAGUUGCCCUUUGUCGCCUCCUUUUCAGGACGCGCAAAGCACACGAUACCUCCUCACUCAUGACAAUCCUUGACGCCAGUCUCGAAGACCUGCAUCUUCGAGGUUAUGAUGUAAGCUGGAUCGAAGACAAUCCAGUGCGGCCAUCAGACAACCUAUUUUCUACAUUUCAGGCCCUGCCUCUGCCUCUGCCUCUACCGGCCCCACCGCCCUCGCCUGACCCACCUCAGCCACGACUACCGUUGUGGAUCAAGGACUUCAGGCACCUUAUGGGGAGGCUGUUCACCCGUAGGAAGACGCCCAGAGGAAGAUUCCUAUCGGCCGAGAUGGAGCAAUUAAUGGAUGAGGCGCUCAAGCUGUGCGAGCGCGACGACGGUAAUCGGGACAGAACGAUUCAUCAAAACACUGAAGAUCCGAAACGGGGAAAGAAGCAGCAUGAUGUGAAGUAUUGCUCCGCCUCGCGUGUGAUGGACCUCAAGUACUGCAGGCGCACCCGGGAUGGCAUGGCGGUGUUUAAGACCUCCAAGUCGAACGAUCCGCCAGAAGAAGAACUAGAAGCGUUCUCCGGCGUUCUUCGGAACUUGGCGCAAAUGUUUCAUUUAGAACCCACACAGUUACACGUAUUCUGGCAAAGUGAUGAUGCAGAACUGAUGGGUUUCAACCGCAAUCAUGCUAUCUAUCUCAAUCUUGCACAUUUUAUGGUGAAGCACCUCGGAAAAUAUUCCAGCGACGACCACGGGAAAGCUGACGUGUAUAGUGCUUGGUUCCUCAUCAUUGCGCAUGAGAUCGCACAUAACAAGGCCUUUUGGCACGACGAAGACCACGAACUAUUAUUUACCUACCAUUGUUCAGACUAAGUUGGCUCCUUUCAGGCAAUUACUGGCUAGUGUAGCACCCAGGAGCUGAUGUCGAACUUUGAAUUAUUCCUACUUGCUCAGUGUACGAUUUAAUUUGGAAUGUGAUCACGUGAUACCCCCACCCAACACGUAUGUAGUACUUCGUCGA